UCAUGUGAGCAUGUCAUGUACAUGGGCAUCCAUGUAUGGUUACAUGCAUGGUGUCGGAAGGGAACAUGGAAUAUAAGCAUGAGAAGAGGUUGAAGUGGUUGGUCUUGUAUACAGAGAGAGAGAGAGAGAGAGAGGGUGUUAGAAAUGAGAGAGGAGGUAGCACAGUUGCCAAUGAAGAAGAAGGGAGGAGAUUUAUGGGUUUUUAAUGGUGGAUCUGCUAAAGCUCCUAACCCCAAAUUCUAUUCUCUAUUGACUUCUAGAGAUAGAGAUUUCCUUCUCUCCCCCACUGGAAACCAGGUGAAAGUAAGUGAAUUAGAAGGCAAGGUAGUGGGCAUUUACUUCUCGGCCAAUUGGUACCCGCCAUGUCUGAACUUCACGCCUGUCCUUUCAGGCAUUUAUAGUCAAUUGAAGGAACGUGGGGCCCAAUUUGAGAUUGUCUUCGUGUCAUCAGACGAAGACUAUGAUGCAUUCAAUAGCUAUCGUGCAUCCAUGCCGUGGCUAACCAUUCCAUUUUCUGACUUGGAGUCGAAGAGGGCCUUGAAUAAUCGGUUCGAUAUUGAAGGCAUACCAUCAUUGGUUGUUCUUCAACCCGAUGGCAAUGAUGACAUGGCGCUGCGUGAUGGGGUCGAGCUUGUUUAUAGAUAUGGGGUUCGAGCUUUCCCAUUUACUGAGGAGAGGUUGGAUGAGUUGCAAAGGGAAGAGAGAGAAAAGCAUGAGAGACAAACCAUAACCAACUUGCUGUCAAACACUGCUAGGGACUACCUCCUCGCUCACCCGUCACCCAAACAGGUGACGGUUGCUUCAUUGGUGGGCAAAACUGUCGGGCUCUACUUCUCAGCACAGUGGUGCCUGCCAUGCCUCAGAUUCACCCCAAAGCUGACAUCAAUCUACCAAAAGAUCAAGCAAAUGUUAGCAGAAGAGAAAGAUGAGGACUUGGAAAUAGUACUAGUCUCCAGUGACCGUGACGAAGCUGCAUUCGAAUCCUACUUUGCCACAAUGCCAUGGCUGGCUGUGCCAUUUGGGGACCCUACAAUCAAGGACCUAACCAAGUACUUCGACAUACAAGGGAUCCCGUGCUUGGUGAUCGUGGGUCCAGACGGGAAGACACUCACCCAGCAGGGGAGGAAGCUCAUGAACUUGCACUCGGAAAGAGCAUAUCCCUUCACUCAAGCCCAGCUGAAGUCACUGCAGAAGCAAAUGGAUGAGGAAGCGAAGAACUUCCCUAGGUUUGAGUACCAUGCGGGCCACAGCCACGCACUCACAUUGGUUUCGGAGGGCUCUGGGGGUGGGCCGUUCAUUUGUUGUGCGUGCGAUGAACAAGGGUCUGGGUGGGCAUACCAGUGCAUAGAGUGUGGGUAUGAGGUGCACCCAAAGUGCGUAAAGGCAGUGAACAGAGGAAAUGCCCCGGGCUGACUUGGGUGGUUUAUAUGUGGCUUUGAUUGUUCCUGAUCUUUGGGUUAGUGUAGCUGAUGGGGCAAGUGCAUGUGUAUUUGUUUAUGUGGGCCUUUUGUACAAUUGGUUGAAAUGGGUGUUUGUUAUGUGACACUCGAAAAUGUCGCAUUCAUGUUAUAUAUAUCGAUGCAAGUGUAUCUGACUUUUGGGUCCUACUGUAAUCAAAUGAUAAUACAAAAGCCCAUGUGAUGAUUGGGUGAAAGAACAUGUUUGCAGGAA